UAGCAAAAAAAAAGAACGUAUAUACGCGAAAAAUGAUGAGACGCACGCAACAACCUCGGCUCUUCUGAUUAAAACAUCAAAUGUCUAAAUUAACGAGUAAAAUAAAAUUUAACGUCAUGCAAUUAAUACGUGAGUGACGAUAAUCCGCAUGACAAACAAAAUUGGAUAUAAAUACGUGAGAAAGGAACAAUAAAAAAGUGAUCGCUGAACGAAGAUGUAUGGAGAUGCGAGACUGUCGAACUGCCGAGUAGAUUAAGUAAAAUCUAAAUGACAUGAGAGAAUGAAACGUGACACUGUCAUUACCUGCGUGGAGCCAAACCGCAGAGCAAGAACGAUGACAACUGUACUUGAUGGCAGCUACCAGCAGCUCGAUCAUCACAGGGACAUUGAUGAUGAGACCGGUGAUGAGGAUCGAGACGAAACACCUCAAGACUCUGGUGUGAUGAUACAUGUUGUGCCAGAAGGUGGAAAAGCACGAUGGAAUCAUAUAGAGGAUCUCGAUUCCUUUUUCACGAGAAUGUAUCAUUAUCAUCAAAAACACGGUUUUGCUUGUAUGAUGCUCCAAGAAUUCUUCGAACUAGGACAAUUCAUUUUCGUUGUUAUUUUCUCAACGUUCCUGUUUCAUUGUGUAGACUACGCGGUGCUUUUUAAAAAUGAGGAAGUAGACAAUUCGCACAAAACAACAAUUAGUGAUGCUAUUCUGUCAUCAAGUGCUUGUCUGGCAUCAAUGGGUUUGAUAACUUGGAUCUGUAUACUCGUAGCAGGCAUCUUUUGGAUCCUACGUUUCGUCAAAGUACUUUAUCAUUUGACUCAAUUUUGGGACAUUAAAUUGUUUUUUAAUAUUGCUCUCAAGAUCGAUGACAACGAUCUCGACAAUCUUACUUGGCAUGAGGUACAAAAACGUGUACGGGAAGUUCAAAAGGAACAAGAAAUGUGCAUACACAAACGUGAACUCUCUGAACUAGAUAUUUAUCAUAGAAUAUUGAGAUUUAAAAAUUAUCUCGUCGCUAUGAUUAACAAAUCACUUCUGCCGGUCCGACUCAAAGUUCCCAUCAUCGGUGAAGUUAUAUUCAUGACGAGAGGGCUCAAAUACAACAUGGAACUCCUGUUGUUCUGGGGUCCAUGGUCACCAUUUGAAAACAACUGGCAUCUAAAGGAAGAUUACAAAAAAUUGAAUAGACGACAAGAAUUAGCGCGUGCACUAUCCAAACACAUAUUGUGGGUUGGAGUAGCUAAUCUGAUACUUUGUCCGCUCAUACUGUUGUGGCAAAUUCUAUACUCAUUUUUUAAUUACGGUGAGUUGAUCAAACGAGAGCCUGGAACUCUGGGUUCGCGAACAUGGUCCUUGUACGGUCGUUUGUAUUUGCGUCACUUCAACGAGCUCGAUCACGAGUUGAACGCACGCCUGAAUCGUGCCUAUCGUCCAGCCUCAAAAUACAUGAGUAUAUUCACUUCACCGGUAAUGACAGUUAUAGCGAAAAACGUGGCAUUUGUGGCUGGUAGUAUAUUGGUGGUGUUGCUGAUACUGACGAUUUACGACGAGGAUGUCUUAACGGUGGAGCAUGUGUUCACGACAAUGACGAUACUCGGAGCGGUCGUGGCUUGUUCUCGGGCUUUCAUACCAGACGAGAAUCUCGUUUGGUGUCCGGAAACGUUGUUGACAGCUGUUUUGGCACACACGCACUAUCGUCCUGACAGUUGGAAAGGCCACGCUCAUACGCAAAUGACACGUGCACAAAUGGCUCAGCUAUUUCAAUAUCGCGCUGUACAUCUUCUCGAAGAACUCUUGUCACCGUUACUCACACCAUUUAUAUUGUGCUUUCACAUGCGUCAGCGAGCGCUUGAUAUAGUUGAUUUUUAUCGAAAUUUCACGAUUGAAGUCACCGGGGUCGGUGAUGUGUGUAGUUUUGCACAGAUGGAUGUACGUAGACACGGAAAUCCAAUGUGGCAAACAUUACCCACUACGCCGAACGGUGAUCGUACAGAUGGUUUCGAUAAUAAUUACGGCCAAGAGGAACCUCCGCGCGGACUCAACGUACCGAUGUCAAAUCAGUACACGCAAGCCGAAGAUGGAAAAACUGAAUUGUCACUGAUACAUUUUACUCUCACCAAUCCAGAAUGGAAACCACCGAGUCACGCUGAAAAUUUUGUCACUGCCCUGAGAGAACGCGCUAAAAAGGAUGUCAACGUUCUUCCUGGUGACAUGAAUCCAUUGCUUACCAGUCUCAAUAGCCUUUCGAGUUUAGGACCUGAGUACAACGAUAUCGUAGCAAGUAUAGUGCGGACCACGAUGAUAAAUCACGUAAGCGUGCCGAGCAUGAAUUUCGCGAAUCAAGGCGGUGGUAUGUCAGCGACAUCCGUAGGUGUUGACGAUUCGGCAAGCACGAGAUCUGACGCUUUUCCCCACGUCAUAAGACGAGGUAUGAAUCGUGCCGAGGGACCGUUCCACAACGAACGGGGCUUGUUAUAUGGUCUUCAACAAGGACUGUCGAAUCAAUCUCUCGGAGCUUCCGUUUUUGGCUCCGGACAUGAAUUGACCUCCGAUCUUUCCGUACCCGUUGAAUUCACAGCUGCCGAUAUGUCCCUAUCUACAUUGUACCUGCACGAAUUGCACCAUAGACAAGUAAGAAGACGGGGCUAUCACGAAAUGGCAACGCGAAGUAUAUGGCAACGAAAUCCAGUCCAAGAAUUAGCAACUUUGCCGGAAGUAAGACAAGAGCGUGCGCCGUUGUUGCACCAUCAAGACUCGUCGAUAAGAAACGCACGGAAUUCCUAGCACCAUCAAAACACAAAGUUCGGCUACAGAAUAGCUAAUUGGUGCAAUGAUGAACUAUUCAAGGAAUAAAGUAUUUUUUAUCCAUUUAACGAAUACACUGAGACUACGAGUGAUUUAAUCUCAACGAUCAAAAAAACGUGUUUUUGGUCGAGUGGAAUAUACGUUAAUAAAUUAGAUUAGACAAGUUGAGGGGUUGUUCUACCGUGAUGCUCGGAUAACAAGUCAAAUAUUCUGGAUACAAUUGUCUAAAAACGACUUCAUUUCAUGUUCAGUUCGUUUUUCAAGUAAUUCUUGCGAUGGUACGAAUAUUCAAAAAAAAAAUCUGAUUUAAAGAAUGUACAUAGUGAAGCCUAAAUUCUGAAAUAGAUAAAACAUCAUCUAUUCAUCUAUUCAUUACAAUGGUCAACAGGAAUGAAAUUCAUGAAGUUCACAUCACUUCAAAUAGCAGUUCUUGAAAGGUUUUUUUUCAAAAUCUUCUUGAUAAUUAAGUUUUUAAUUCAACGUUUCUUUUCAAUUUUAUUCGAUUUAUAAUGCAAUUGAUGAAAUUAUCACGGUAAGAUAACCCCUUAAUGAAUUGAAGAUUAAAGAAGAGGAAAAAGAGAGCCGAAUUUUUUUUUCUUUAACCACGAUCUCGAGUUCGUUACGGCAUUCGCGAACGAUUAAUAGACGAUAUAGCGUGCGUGGCUCAGAGCGUUUAUUUAGCCUCUCUUGUUAUUCGUCGAUAAUGCAAGAAUCGAAAAGCAGUGAAGAAGUGAAACCAGAUAGGGAAAAAAUCAACGAUCAAUAAAGAGCCUAAUGAUAUGUGCAUCCGAGUACCGCUCCUUUUUUUGCGAUGAAAAGAAAAUAAAACACAAUUAAGUUUAUAUGGAAUCUAUGAUCCCGAAAAAAAACCAUUGGAAAAAUUACGUCAUUCGAAAUACAAAUUUCAGUUGGAAUAGAAUAUCAGGAAAAUAUUUAAACUCUCCGAAUAUAAUGAGAAAGAAUAGAGUGGAUUUUUUCUUAAUUUGUUCGUGAAUAUAAAUGGAAAAGACAAUUACGAUUUGCUUUACGAAGAAUAGAAAUAUUAAAUUUUGUUCAUGGGUUUCACGAGUUAUUAAUUAUGCGACAACAUUACAAUAUUGUACUGUCAUAAGUAUUCUUAAUUUUCAAAAAUAUUUUUAUACUGGAACAUUUAUUUAAAAAAUGAUCUUGAGUUGAUAAAUUCUUUGUCUAUGAGGAGUCUGGGAAACUUCUUACAAAGGUCGGAAAGUUGAGUUAAUCGGUGUAAUAUUUAUCAUUUAUUUCCGUUCCGAGUCAAAUCUUUUCGCGGGUUUUGUGACCAUUCGUUGCAUAAUUUGACAUCUCAAGAUAAUUUCUUUAAGGAUGUUUGGUACAAAAGUCUAAAUAAUUAGAAAUUGAUCAAAUUUGGUGAUAAUGUUCUUUAACAUCAAGUGUGAAAACACAAUUUUUUUCAAAAUUUUCUUUUGCUUAGUUGUCGAGUAAUUACGUAUUAAAGCAGAUUUCUUAUGUCCGGAAUGUAUAUGGAAAAACGCAAUGCUUAUACAUGUGAACUUUAGUGAUCAAUUACUCGAUAACUGUACAGAAGAAAAAUCUUAAAAAAUUUGUAUUGUCAAAUUUGGCACUAAAGAAUAUGUUCACCAAAUUUUAUAAAAUUCUGAUCAUUUUGAAUUUUUUAAUAUUUUUAACAUGGUUUAGCAUGGGCACCAUUGUAUCGCCUGUACCAAAUAUCCUUAAGAUAGCCUUCUAAUCUUCUGAUCGAUAAAAACCCGGUUGCAUUCUUCCUUUUAGAAGAAUUAUUACUUGAAGUGCGUACCAUUUUAUUUUAUUUUAUUUUUUUUUUAAUUUCAAUACAAUACAAUUAACAAAAUCUCACACCAUGACACUAACGCACAGUUUUCGUGGAAAAUUCAUUUAUCUACUACGGAAAAUCAAUAUUUUUAUGUCCAUAAAAUUAUUUUGUGGUGUCAAAGUGCGAAAUUCUUCUUGAAAAAUUUGUAUUAUUGGAAUUAAGUUGAGUAAUCCGAGAAAUUCUACAUUUUCCAGCGUCUCCACAUAGUACCUUUGGAUUAAACUAAUUUUUACCUUCAAGUCAAAAAUAUGUCUUAUUUGUAUUAGUCAAAGACGAAUUCACACUCUGUAAGAGGAAUGUGAAUCUUGAAUGGAAAAUAUUGACACUGUGCAAUAUCGAAAUUGUAUUUUUAUUUUACGUUCCACGUUACGAACUACGAAUAUUUUCCUGGAUUAAGAACUAUUGUGACAGUGCAGUAGCACGGCCAAUAGAUGAUUAUAGAAAUUAUUGAAAAAUUGGCACAUCGGUAAUCUUCGUUAAAUAAAAAAAACAAUUAGGUUCAACGAAAAAUACAACAAAACUUAGAUCUUGUCGGACAUGCUUGCAUCGUCCUGAUUUAUAAAUGAUAGUUCUGCAGGAUGUGAGGGAUAUCACUACGAUCACCAUUUUCACGAUUAUUAAUAUUAUUACUAUCAACAUUACUAUAAAUAAUUAUAAUUGAAAGACAAAUUAGUACGGUGAAUUUUCGGCGCGAUGUUGUAUUAAUGCUCCGAUCGAUCUAGUCAUGCCUUUAUCCUUGUAACGCGAGAGAGACGAUUUCAUAAGAUUUUUUUUUUUUUUUAAAUUUUUAUUAUGCAGCUGAUUGUGACAGAUAGACAAAUGGGUAAAGUCAUGAGAGUUUUUGAUUUUUCUUUGAGUGAUAUACCUUUUUUGUAUAUACGAUAAUUUUUUAGACGUUUGUUCCACUUGUUAUGUCAUAAAAACGAGUUGAGAAAGAAAAAACAAUCGUAUCGCCGUGACCGUUGUAAAACGCGCAAUAUUACGUUAUCUAAGAAAGUGGCGGGGAGAUAAAGUACGGGAACACUAAACGGGAAAUACUUGAAUGAAUUUCCAGGUUGUCUUAGAUCUAAAUGUUGAAAAAAGAAACAAAUAACGAACAAGAAAAUAUAUUUAAUUCGACCUUCAUUGUAUAAAACUUUUGGUUUCAUUUGGGCAUCGGUUUACAGACACACACACAAACUCAUACAUGUUUUAUAAAUUGAAGCAGUGUUUGUGGGUACGAUGUUAAUGUUACUUAUGUUAUCGCGCUAAUUGCAAAAUUUCUACUAAUACCAUCAUUUUUUUGGAUGCAGCUUAGCUCAAUUAAAUAUUUAACAACGUCAGCAGGUUUCUCUUUUUUCACCGGAGACACAUACAAUUUGAUUAUUUUCACUGAUAUUCGAAUGAUGAACUUUUCUCUCAUUUCAUUACCGAUGAAUAUAUAUAUAUAUUACCUCUAAGAAUCACGUGUAAUUUACAAUUUCAAUGCGAAUAAAAAUACGUUUCGUAAUGAAAAGUAA